AUUGCCUCACAUCCUGUGCGUUGUAAGGAAGUGGGCUAGCGCAUCAGACAGGCAGCCUCACUGUUAGUUAACACUUGACUGUCAGCAGAGUGGACAGUGGAAAUAGAGAAGAGCAAAGACUGAGACUUGACAAAAACACAAAAAGCUGAAAAUGUUACAUAGGACAGCUUCCAGCGUGUCAGACAGAGGAAAGAUCAGCAAACCCAAGCGCUCCACAAGCUUUGGCAAGUUUGAGGGUCUCAGACAUCACUCAUCACAAGCCAAGCCAGAGGAAAAUGGGACAAAUAUGCUCACAGAGGAGUGUGAGAGUGUGGACCAAAACAAAUCAGCUGGACUUGGGAAGAAGAUGAAGGCAAUUUCACUGACUAUGCGCAGAAAAAUGGGCAAAAAACAUGCCAAGUCCUUCUGUGAGGAGACAGGUGAUGAGACAGACAAAGACCCAGAGGCAGAGACAGAGAGUGCCCCUCCAGCUGAGCAAAACUCUGCACAGACCAGCAACUCCUUAGAGAGUCUCUACAGCGGCCAGAGCUCGUCUAGUGCAGGUGGUGUGACCAGUGAGUCCAAUGGUUCUGGUCAGAGGGACAGUCUGAGGCUGGAGGAGGACGGCUCCUACCAGGGACAGUUCUGUGGCAGAGCUCGCGUCCACACGGAUUUCGUCCCCAGCCCGUACGACACCGAUUCCCUCAAACUGAAGGUCGGGGACAUCAUCAACAUCAUCAGUAAGCCUCCCAUGGGCAUCUGGACAGGCAUGCUAAACAACAAAGUGGGCAACUUCAAGUUCAUCUAUGUAGAUGUGUUGGUGGAGAAGGAGGAAGAAGAAGAAGUUCCCAAAAUCAGACAACAGAAACUGUCCAAAAGACCUCGACCUAAAACACUGCUGGAGUUGCUGGAGCGUCUGAAUCUGGAGGAGUACGCCUCUGCUUUGCUGCUUAAUGGCUACCAGACAGUGGAAGACCUGUUGCACCUCCAGGAGAAACACCUGAUAGAGCUGAACGUCAAAGACCCCGAGCACAGACGCAAGCUUCUCACCGCUGCUGAUUACCGCUACACAGAAGGUGAUGAUGUCAGGGAUGCGGAGGAGCACAAAACCUCCCACAGUGUACAGGAGGAGGACAGUGAUUGUCCCAGAGACUCGGGCUGCUUCAUACCAUCCGAAUGCUCAGACAGCAAAGAGGACGCAGAGCAGCUCACAGACGCUGUGGAUUCUUAAUGUGCUCAUUUGUCAGACAGAUACUUUGACAUUUGGAAUAACCUCAUGGAAAUGGUUUUAACAUUUUUCUUUCAAUUUUCGCAAAAUGUUAUGUGAACAUUCCUUAUUUUAACAGGCUAGCCACACACUUUCCUAAUGUAGAAACUCUGUAGAAGCCAGUGCAAUGCAUGUAGGAAGAACAUAUACCAAUAUUCUGAAUGUCAACUUAUCCAUUUGUCACAUUACCAAGAUAAUAAUCAACUUGUAAGUUUUGAUUACUGAAGGUUUUUUUUUAUGUUGUUGAAAAAAAAUUUCAUUGAUAAGAAUAUCACUUGUAUUUAUUGCAUUCUCAAUCAUCAUUCAGUGUUUUUGCAUAUAAUGCCUUUAUUUAUCUCAGCUCAUUAUGACUGUUCUCAUCACAUCCAAUGUCAAUUCAACAUCUUGUGUCAUCAUUUUUCUUUUCCGUGAACGCAGUGAUGUUGGUAAAGUGUGAUGUUUAUGAAAUAUAAUGUCUGGGUUUGAACAUGCAAACUCAAAUCUUGCUUAAAAUGUAUACUGUACAGGAAAAUGUGUAUUUUCUGAAUGUGUGUGUGUUUGUGUGUGUGAGAGAGAGAGAAAGAGAGAGACCCUGUUUGUGUGCUUAUGUGAGAGUCAGCAUUCAUCUGUUCUCACAACUUUUUGUAAAUAAAAUU